AUGACAGAAAAACACCGGAAACCUGGAACCGGUGACUCGGAAAGCAUGCCGCACAGCGGUGCACGGAACAAGACCAAGCCAUUGGGCAAGAUACUGGCCGUGGCAAAGUCGAGUGCAUGCGAUGAUCCACUCGCGUCCGAUACCGAGGAAGAAGCCGCGGCUGCUGAUGCAGACGGACAAGGGGUGUGGAACCAUGCAUUCUGUGUCGUGUGUGACUGCUUUAUUGAGCCGGACGGGAAGCGGCACGAGCGCCACAAGGUCGUCGACGACGAAGACUCGACGUGGGAAGCCGCGGCGGUGUCCUCGUUGCAGCUCCAUUCGCGUUUCCUCGAGUCGCUCCAUGUACAGGACAAAGACGUGCCGAUACGGAAACGAAACGAAUCGCUUUUUUGUUCGGACGAGUGCAGGAAGAUUGACGAGGAACGCUCCACAGGCUUGGGCGAAUUCAUGCACUACGUUGCGCGGCCGCCGCCCGAUACGCAUACCCAAAAUCCCUCGCGCUCCUCGUUCACCCAGCCUGCUUUUCAGCGCUCGGGCAUCUCCGUGCCUGCGCGGCCUACAUUUCCGUCCUGCUCGUUGCGUCACUCUCAGUACUCGGUAAAAACGGCGCAAGCGCAGGCGCGCCCUGUGAUGCCGGAACCCUUCCAGCCACUAGACGGAGUGUGCAAGACACUGGAGCCUGUGCCAGUACGCACACAAACGACGCCGUCGAAUUUGUCGCGCGCGCGCGAUUAUCCCUCGCCGAAAGCUGUGCAAGGCAAGUCGCCGUCUGUGCGCGGCGAAUACGUCGACUUCUACGAGCACUCGCCGCCACAGAGCCUUGUGUUUGACGCUGCGGCCGAGCCGCAGUACGAUGCCGCUUCGCUAGCCACCUCGCCGCUCCAACUGCUGCGUGGAAAGUCGACGCACGCGGGGCCCAGCGUUUCCAUCGCGCCGGAUAGUGCAGAGCUUGAGAGGUACAAAUCGAAUGCGCCAAGUGCCGCCGUCGCCAUCUCUUCGCCGCCGCGUGGCCAGCAGGAGCAGCAUGCGAGCAGUUCCCACACGAUCCAACGCGCACCGACGCAGCAGCCAUACCCCCCCGAGCGUGCGCGGCGUUCCUCUGCGGUGGACAGUCUUUUGCACGCGCAAGGCGCCUCGUGCAAUGCAGAGGGCACGCCCAGGACCCCGCCGCGCGCACUCUCUAGCGCAUUUCCGUGGCUGCGCAGCGCACGGACUAAAAGCCUGCCACCACGCACGCUGGAAGAUUCGGCAGAGGUGCAGCUCAGCGUCAGCUCUACCGGCAGCGAUGCGUCGAAUCCUUCCCAAGCGCCGCGCAAGUCGCGGCGCAGCAAAGACUUGCACACGUUGCGCCCUCUCCUAGCCGUGCCCCCCCCGAGCAAUGACGCGCGGCGCAGGACAAGCCCGUGCCGGUUUCCACGCAGCCCAAACGGAAGCGAAACGAUGCCGCCUGAAACGGAUGCGCCGCUGAGCACCACGCCCAGCGGGCGCCCUUCGAGCGCAACGCGCGGUGCCAUGUGGUCUGGGAACGAGCCGUGGAUGCGCGGCGCUUCGUAUGCAUACCCCAGCCAGUCUCCGCGGCGCUCUGGCCUCGGCUGGAGUGCGCUGACCCCCGUCCUGCGCCCAAGCGAUCCGCCCCAUCCGCGAAACAUCUCGCCCGGGACGCCAGGCCAAAAGCUCGACGAGUCGGACCCCGAUUUGCACAAAGCGGUUGCGGCCGAUGCGGCAAUGCCCACCUCGAGUGCGUCGGCCACUUCCCUCCACGGCAUCCCUCCACGCCAGUGGUGCUACGAUAAACUCCCGGACACGAAAAUGUACCCCAUUCUCCAGCUGCCACGCGGCAAUGUGCACGAUAUGUAUACGCACGACUGGCACACGCCCAGCACGCCGAGCGUCGAGAGCGCUUCGCUGCCCAAAGAGUACGACACACACGCGCGGCGCAAGUCGCUCUUCUUUUUUCAAGGCCCAACAAAAUAG